CAAAUAAUAAAUAAACAAAGGAACAAGCCUAAACAUUUUCAAUUAAACCAUAUACAGAACUAACGCACACAUGUGACGGAGGCAAUACACAAACACGGCACCUUUGAAUCUCGCCUUAAAAUUGGCGAAACCAACACGGAAUUAUAUAACCGCCGGCUGAAAACACAUGAGUCCGUACAGCGGAUCCGUGCGUCGUCUGCUGGACAGUUGGCCAGGAAAGAAGCGCUUCGGUGUCUACCGCUUCCUGCCGCUCUUCUUUUUACUGGGCGCCGGCCUGGAAUUCUCCAUGAUCAAUUGGACAGUGGGCGAGACCAAUUUCUACCGCACUUUUAAGCGCCGCCAGGCGAAGAACUACGUGGAAGAGCAGCAGCAUCUGCAGGCGCGAGCCGCGAAUAACACCAACUAAGCAAAAUGCCCGCCGGAGUUUCCUGGGGCCAGUACCUGAAAUUCCUCGGCUGUGCCCUGGCAUCCAUGAUGGCCGGAUCGCAGGCUGUUCACCUUUACUAUAAGCCUCUGGAGGACUUGCGCGUCUACAUCGAACAGGAGCAACACAGCACACAGGUGGAUCCCACCGCAAAGCCACCGGAAUCUGCAUAACACUGUGUACUAGACAAGUUAUUGGUGACUAAAGCUAUUUAAG